GGCUGGGCGCUAACCCACUUCCCGCCCCGCUUGCCCGUUCACCAAACGAUGCGCUUCUCGCCUGUACACGCUGCCUCGCUCGUCGACCCCGCCAGCCACAGCCCUGCGGUGCUCGAGCUUGUAGCUAUACCGUUGACGAAGCCUGUUGUCGAGUACCUCAUCGAGUCCGUCGUCGAGACCGUCGACUUCGCGCUGGGCCGCGCUCCCACAACACCGUCCGGCUACCUCUCCUCCUUCACCACCUUCGUCCACAACGUCCUCACCCGGGCUGAAGUCACGCCCGCCACUGUCCUCGCUUCCCUUGUUUACAUCUCCCGCGCCCGCCCCCAUCUGUCCAUCGCCCUUGAAGAGUGGGCGCUUGAGCGGGUGUUCCUCGGCGCGCUCAUCGUGGCCUCCAAAUACACCAACGACUCGACCCUCAAGAACAUGCACUGGGCGCUCUGCACCGGCGUCUUCGGCAAACGGGACGUGGGCCGCAUCGAGCGCGAGUUCCUCGGCGUCCUUAAUUGGGAGCUGGCCAUCAAAGAGGCCGACUUACUGGCCCACCACGCUGCGCUCACCGCCGUAGCCUUACCAUCCCCGGCCAAGCCCCUCCCCGCCCUCCCCCGCACACACACCCACGCCCGCCACUCGUCCUCAGGCUCUCUUCCCAUUCCGGAGCUCACGCCGAGCUCCCCGGGCUCGUCGGCAGGGUCGUUCUCCCCGCCGACGCCGACGCCGGUCCAGCACCGCCUGCUGCCCGUGGACAUGGACGUCGCCGCCCAGAAGGGCCGCUUCAACGACCUCCUCCGCGCGUUCCCGAUGCCCGUGCCGAUCCCUAUUCGCCACCACGUGCACCGUGAGCACCCCCGUGUGCGCGUCGCGUAA